GCCUAAGCUGUUGGAAGCAUAUGUUGACGUUUAAUCCACUGAUCUCAAUAAUCUUAUCAGAUCAAUCACUCAUGUCAAGCGGCUCCAAAUAUCCUCUAAGCCACCUUGAGCAUCUAACGCUACAUGUAUUGGAAGAGUACGCGUCGAAUCUCCUUGCCUGGUUCCUCAAAGACUCUCCUAACUUACGAGAACUAGUGUACUUCUCUGAACUGGAUGAUAAUUAUGAGAAUCUUUGUAUGUUUCCCUGGAAUCAACCGAGUACUGUUCCGGAAUGUUUGUUGUUGAGUCUACAAAAGUUCACCUGGACAGAAUACUUAGGAAGACCACAAGACAGAGAUAUUGCGGUUUACAUCUUGAAAAACGCUUGUCGCUUAAGAACUGCAACAAUCGAUUCUUAUACAUGUUUGGUUCCAGAACUCGAGAUGAUAAAGGAGUUGACCAGUUCUUCCUGAGCUUCAUCAACAUGCAAACUCGACUUUUAUUGAGGAUUUGAGUUCUUAAGAUGUUUUCAUCUAAACAUGUCUGUUGUCCAACAAAGAACCUAUAACAAAUGUCUUGUUCUUCUACUUUCUUGCUCGUAUGGUUUGUCUUCCAUCUAUGAAAACUUGUUUUCAACAAAAAGCUUGUUUAUGUAUAAUGGAGAUACACCUA